AUGAAUUCGGGAAAGAUGGGAGCAGCGGGCCUCGAUCAGGAGAUCGGGUACAAUCCGAUCUUGACCGCCACGGUCAAAAACGAGCAAGGAGUCCGAGAUGUAGGAACGCUCUCAGAAUAUUCUCUCCAGGGUUCUGUAAAAGAUGAAUUUGUCGAAGACGUGAAGAACAGACUCAGAGGAUUGUGCGAUAACGUCGAAUGCGAACCGUUUAUCGAUCAUGAAAUCUCUUACUCCCUUCAAUCUUCCUCCGGUAAUGCUGUAACAAUGCGUGUAUCCCGUUCCUUGGCGCAAAGCAAAAUGCCCUGGCAGUUGAAAUACGUCGGAGCACUCGAAACAGGCAAAAACAAAUCUUGCCUGAUGAGAAAUCAAGUAACAGUCGGCUGCUCGGAAAACGUCACUUCUUUCCUGACAGAAUUGGGAUUCAGAGCUGACACGGAAUUUCUCAGCAAAGGAUAUCUCUACAGAAAAGGGAGGAUAAAAGUCGUUCUAUCGAAGCUUUGCAAAAUGAAAGAACCAGGACAGCAUCAGGAACAGAAUCUUUUGCCGCUGACGAAAAGUCAUCUUGUGGAAGUUUCAGUUACGACCCUCACGGGUGGAGAAGACCCAGGCCCAGAUCUAAAACAUUUCGCGGAAAUGCUGAAACCACAAGUGAAGCUUACAAAAGUCGAUCACCGAGAAAUUCAAUCACAUACACGCCCAAAUUUCUGA